AAGUCUGGAGACAAAUUGUUUGCAUUUCUAGGAGGCGAGAUGGCAGCUGGGCAGAAUGGGCAUGAAGAGUGGGUAGGCAGCGCAUACCUGUUUUUGGAGUCUUCGAUGGACAAGGUGGUCCUGUCGGAAGCCUACACAGAUCCCCAGAAGAAGGUGGCCAUAUACCAGGCCCUGCAGACUGCACUGUCAGAGAGUGCGGACGGCCCUGACGUACUGCAGAUACUCAAGAUCCAUUGCAGCGACCCGCAGCUCAUCGUGCAAUUGCGUUUCUGCGGGCGCCUGUUGUGCGGCCGGUUCCUUCAAGCCUACCGCGAGGGGGCGCUGCGCGCCGCGCUGCAGAGGUGCAUGGCCUCCGCACUUGCCCUGGAAGCCGUGCGGCUGCAAUUGGAGUUGCAUGCUGGCGCAGAGCAGCUGGACACUUGGCUGACCGACGAGGAGCGCUGUUUGAAUUACAUCUUAGCCCAGAAGCCGGACCGGCUCCGGGACGAGGAACUCGCGGAACUGGAGAAGGAGCUGGGCAAGCUGACGUGCGACUGCACUGGCCAGGGUGGAACCAUACAGGUUGACUCAGCCGCUUCUAAGUCCCUGGUUCCCUCUCCGGCCAAGGAUAAGCCACUGCCGGCGGCCUGCCAAACUUUUCUGUUCCAUGGUCAGCCCAUAGUGAACCGGCCACUGACUCUGCAAGACCAGCAGACGUUCGCUCGCUCAGUGGGCCUCAAAUGGCGCAGGGUGGGGCGCUCGCUGCAGCGUAGCUGUCGAGCCCUGAGGGAUCCUGCUCUCGACUCGCUGGCCUAUGAGUAUGAGCGAGACGGGCUAUAUGAGCAGGCCUUCCAGCUUCUGCGCCGCUUCAUGCAAGCCGAGGGCCGCCGUGCCACGCUGCAGCGCCUGGUGGAGGCGCUGGAGGAGAACGAGCUCACCAGUCUCGCAGAGGAUCUGCUAGGCCAGGCGGAGCCGGAUGGCGGCCUGGCCUAGGU